CCCUGCUGACACACACAGAGGAUUCAGUCACUGCUGUCCAAGACACCGAGGACAUUUCUUCGCCUCUGUUUUUAUGUUCUGGGUUUUUGACUCAAAAAACAACAUUAAAAAGAUUUUCAUGUCCUCUUAAAUCCGUCAGCUACUCCACUGUCGCCCUGUUUUUAUAAAAUGACGUGGCCGGAUGGAUUUAGUAGAUUAAAUGCAGUUUUUCUCGUCAUUUUACUGAGCUUUACUUUUCAAGGUGCCUACUUUGAGCUGGUGGUGUCUCCUGUUGGCCCGACUGUUGUGAAUGCACCACUUGGCAGCAAUGUGACUCUGGCUGUGUCCUUCAGUGGUGCCUCUGACCCAGUGGUUGCCUGGUUUAUGGGAAGGUUACCUGUCGCCACAUGGGUUAUUAACUCCAGUGCUCCUCCAUUCAUAGCCGAAAACAAUAGGGGGGUGCUGGAUAUUGAGCCAGAUGGAUCCCUUACCUUUGUGAAUGUGACACUUGACUAUACCAGUGAGUACACCGUUGAAAUGACAAAGUCUGGACUGCCAACAUCCUCGACUUCUUUCAGUCUAACAGUAUUUGAGAGGCCAAAAGGCAGCCCGAUGUGCUCUGUGCAGUCAGUGAAUAAUGUCAACCUGCAGUACCACUGUCGGUGGCUGGGGGGAACCCCACAGGCCCAGUUGUCUUUCCCAGCACUGAGUAACACGAGCAGCGGAGCAGGAAACUUCAACCUGACCGUCACCCCCUCUGAUAAUCUUGACGGGAAAACUGUCACAUGCAUUGCAUACCACCUAUCUGAACAGAAUAAACAAUACUGCAAUAUUACUGCAAGUAGUCCAGUGAAGUUCCUGCCAUCCAUGAGAACCACGGUUGACUCCAGUGGCAAAAUAGUGGUCACUAUCCAGUGUGUCAGCGAGGCCUCGCCUAAGGCCGUGGUGUCAUGGCUUAAAGGCAACGAGACUGUCACAAAAGGGACAACGUACCAGAUCAGCAGAGACACCACACAGCUCCAGAUUGAGGAUAAAAAUGUCAACAACUUUGCCCCCCAGAACUACACUUGUACCUGCCGCAACCCGCUGGGCAGCCAGAGGAGGGUGACUCAGUUAAUGGGACCGUCGAUCUCAGAUUCCAGUUUGUUCCCUAAUCCCAACGGAACCAUCGUCACAUUGACCUGGGAGGUCCCGCCCACCUCUGUUGUUACAGGGUUUGACGUCCAAAAGAAAGGACCAGACCUCCUGAGCAAACAUGGUAAUGGCAUCACCACUAAAGGCAGCUCAAACAAAUUUAAAACCAUCCAGCAGAAGCCUGGCUCUGCUAGGAGCGCAGACAUCUUUGUCCUCGAUCCCGACUUGACAUACUGGUUUCGGAUCAUCCCCAGAGCUCUGAUGACUGAAGGAGCGCCAUCUGAGGUCCACAGAAUUGGUCCAGGUGUCGGGCUGAGUGGACCUGCCAUUGCUGGCAUUGCAGCUGGAAUCCCCUGCAGUCUUCUCGUUCUAAUCCUGCUAAUUGUCUUCAUCUGCUUCUGUGUCUACUGGAACAAGAACAAAAAUCAUCAGGCAAGAUAUCCAAUGUCCAGAGCAGUUGAGAAGGCAAUAUCAACCCAAACAGAAAUAGUGCCUCAUAACCUGCUGAAGGCAGGGCGGAAGGCUCCCCCUGAUUACAACAAAUUUAAGACUCCCUCUGAAAAGUCAGUGCCUCUCCCCACAUUUGUCCCUCCACCACCUGUCAGAGUUGCUACAACUGUCUAAACUCCUGUAUUUGCUUUAUAUAUUAAUUUUGUAUAGCAUGCCUUAUUUUUAUGUUUUGUCUUAAUGUAUGAGAUUUUUUCUAUAUUUGUAUUAUUACUUUAACUGAACUAAGAAUUGGUUUUAUAGAUUUACUUGUACCACUUUCCUGAUCUGCAAUGUAAAACUCCAUUUUGUAAAUUUAUUUAUUCACAAUAAAUCAAAGUAUAAGCAAUGCCUAUAAAUUUAAUUAGUUACAUAUCAAGGAAAGCCUUACUGUUGCAAUGGAGCUCUCAGAAAUUUUUAAUCUGUAUGGCCAGAUGGGGCAAUUGAAAAUCCAAAAAGCCGGGCGGCACAGUUGUGCAUUGGUUAGCAUUGUCGCCUCAAAGCAAGAGAGUUCCCGGUUUGAACCUGGGACCCCUCUGAAAAUCGCCAUGCCAGUUGUUUCCUUGCCAAAAUUUAGCCUAAAGUUGGAGUAAUAAUGAACCCCCUUCAGCCAUGGUUGGCACCUGUGGAGGCCUUAGGUUGUCUAGUUUCACAAGAUACAACUUCCUUAGUGCUACCUUAAAAAAUGAGUGCACCACUGCCUGUUAAAGACAAUGUACAAUGACAAUGUAAUUGUUUCCUUCAAAUUCAUUAUAACUUUCCAACCAUACUGUUGUCCUAGGUCACUCAGUAUUCUGUUGGAACAUAAGGUUAGUUACAUGAAAGAUUAUGUUCUGCUUCAUGACCAACACAUUGAUUGAUUUGAAGUACAAACAUCAUGUUUGUUGCUGAGGAUCAUGGAAAGGCGGCAGACUUUAAGGUCAGGUCUCACGCUGAGGAGAGCAGCGCGCCACCCAGGAAACUGUGAAUCAGUGUUGCAGUACGUGUACCACCCUGAUGUGUUGUCUGUUGUGAGGAAACACACAUUCAUAUAACUGUCAGGUGUUUCCAUCAUGGUAAUCUGAUGUGUGUCAUAUUUAUAUUUGUGCAGCAGAUGGUGCUAUUGUGCGGUGCUGAAGACGUCCCAUCACAAGAAGAUUUUAAGCUGUUGGCACAGUGGAAUGUGAAAAUACUUUUAUAUAAAUGAUAAUAAUCACAAUUAGAGCUGACGACGUUGCUGCUACUGCCUUUGUCUGCCUGCAUUUCUAUUUUUUGCUUCAUUUGUUUUUAAUCUAAUUGACUUUUACUCAUGCUAAUAUUAGUUCACCACCAUAACUGAAUGAAAACAAGCUAAUAGCCACGUCACUGUAAAGACUAAAACCGUGAUCCAGAUGAAAACACACAACUGGAUAGACCUGCUAUAACUUCCAAACUAAUAUGUGUUGUUUUUUUUAAGAUUAUUUUUUGGGCACCCCUUAGUAUAGUGAAAGACGGACAGGAAAGGAGGGAGGAUGACAUGCAGCAAAGAGCCACAGGUUGGAACCCCAGCUGCUGCAAAGGCCUGAGGCGCACACUCUACUAGUUGGCUAGAGGUCGCCCCAGUUGGUGUCUUUUAAUACACAAAUUAUACAGGAAUGAAACCUAUUACCAAGAACUUACUGUAAAAAAGUUUCAAUAGGUUUUGUCUAAAGAUGCACUUAAAAAAGGGUCGUCAGAUUUCCAUCUUUAGCUGCAAGUGUUAACCUCGAUUUGAGGAAGACAAAGCUCUCAUCAUGAAAUGAAGAAGGACUUGUACUAACUGGUCAAAGUGUGACAUUUCAGAGGAAGUGUCAGGCCAGCCAGAACGGUUAACCUUGGGUACAAGAUCAUUUACCUCAGUUACACUUAUGUCCCCCCAGUUACAUCACCCAUGUCUCUUUUUUCUCUUUAAUUUCAGAUUCCCCUUUUCUGCCUUCUUUACGUCUCUCUGGACCAGACAGCGGUUCAGUUUAGUGCAAAUGUGUUCUUACUCAAGCCUGUAACACUGAUGGUAAACCACCUGCCAGCUGCUUCCUGCGGAGCAAUUCAAAUGGUGGACUUCUCACAGCUCCUAACCAGAGUGUACACAUCAUCAUAUGCACUAUCUGAGAUCUCAGUGAAAACAUUUUACACUGCAUAUAAGUCCACGCCCUGGGCAGGGCCAGCAAUACAGAGUAUGCCCAGUUAUCGUACCAUAAACAUCAUGUCUGUGGCGAGUGAGGUCAUCAGGUGAGAGGCCAAUGUCAUCUGAACAU